UGAAGAACGUUAAUAUUCAUAUAAUUAAACCAUGCUACGUUGUGAUUGGACCACAAUUCAAAAUACUAUUUAUAAUUUAGAGGCUAUUGGUUAGAUGAGUCAUGUAGGCGUAUUCAUAAUUUUAAUUUAAAAACUGCAAGUUGAACCAGACGUGUCAGUUUGUGAAUCCAUCUGUCUAGAGAUAUCCACGGCAAUUAUCCACGGUUUUACUGUUGGGUAUUUUUACCCUAACAGACGACUCUUUGCGUAUUAAAUUGGUGAUGGGCAUACUUUUUUACUGAAUUUACACUUUACUUUUCUCCGGAUAUAUUUAAUUAAACAAUGUUGGAUAAACGUUGUAUCGACCUGCACUUGGAUCUGGAUGCCAAAGGAAAAAGCGGUAAAGAAUCAUUUGAGAAUCAUUAUCACAUUGGUGCACUUCUGGGAAGCGGAGGAUUUGGGUCGGUCUUUGCUGGGCAACGCAUCUCAGAUGGUCUGCAGGUGGCUGUUAAACAAAUUUCAAGUGACCGAGUUCAGCAGUGGGUGCGAUUGCCAGAUGAACCCAACCUGGUACCCAUGGAGAUUGCCCUGCUUUUGAAGCUGGGCACUGGUGCAGGAACCUGGCACCAAAGCGUGAUCAGGAUGCUAGACUGGUUCAAGGUGCCAGGACAGGGAUUUCUCAUUGUCUUUGAAAGACCACUACCGUGUCAGGACCUCUUUGACUUUAUCACAGAGCAGGGAGCAGUGAAUGAGUCACUUGCACAAAGGUUCAUGCGCCAGAUAGUGGAAGCUCUGCAGUUUUGUCAAGCACAUGGGAUUGUGCAUAGGGAUGUGAAGGAUGAAAAUAUUUUAGUAGACACUCGAACAGGAGACAUUAAAAUCAUUGACUUUGGCUCUGGUGCCCUGCUCAAGGACACUGCUUACACAGAAUUUGAGGGCACCAGAGUGUACAGUCCUCCUGAGUGGAUCCUACAUCAGCACUACCAUGCCCAAUCACUGACUGUCUGGUCACUGGGAGUUCUUCUCUUUGACAUGGUUUGUGGGGACAUCCCGUUUGAGAGGGACAGCGAAAUUGUGCAGGCUACACCAGGUUUUACCAAACGCAUUUCAAAAGAGUGCCAGUCUUUGGUACGUUGGUGCCUAGCAUACAGACCAGAGGAUAGACCAAGCUUAGAAGAGAUUUUACUUCAUCCCUGGAUGGAGUCAUCUGAUGACCGUGGAUACAUACAUGGGGAAGACACCUCUUUGUCAAGCCUAUGAGUUCCAGAUACUAUUGUAUGAUUAAAGAAUCCAUUGUCAUUUUGUAUGUGCUCAACUAAUCAGGUCCCCUUGGGAAAACAUUUUAUUAUUUAAGUGUUUAAAUAUUUUAUUUAAAUUUUACAGGUAAUAUUUCAAAACAUUUUGACUCAUGUGCAUAGGUCUAAAUUAUCAAUACAUGUUUUACAUAAUGUUACAUUCCAUAGUUUUAUAGACUACUGGGACGAUAUAUUUAUGAUUGACUUUUGAUUAUUUAAAGGUAUUUAUUGCAAAUACUAUUUAUUUAUCUUCAGGGGUGAGUCACGUCAAAGUUUCUGAUACCAUUUCAUUCUAUAAUUUUAUGGGAUUUAGUUGAGAUCACAUACUUGACAUAAGUGAAAACCUGGUUUUACAGGUUAAUGUACCUCGAAUUAGGAGGAAUAAAGAACUACAUAACCUGUGGUAAAUGAUCAAUUCAGGGAACUUCAUUGAUUAUCCUCAUGAGGCAUCGGUAAUGACACUGGCAACAUCCCUAUGGACAUACAAGGCAGACUUGCUUCAUACAGUGGACUUAGAGAAGAGCUGAGUCUUGGGAAUUUGACUUUGACACUGUUUUCUUCUAAAAAGAAAGGCAUUUGUUUGUCAGUUUCUCCCUAUAGCAUGUGCAGUAGGAUGUACAUCCAGGAUGUAUCAAAUAAUAUUGUUCAUUCACUUUUAGAAUGUCUGUGGAUUUGUUUGUGCUUCAAAAUUCCUGACUAGGAAUAAUGUAUUUUUUCCAAUGGAGUUUGAAUAUUUUCCUGAAGGUUCAUAAACAACCUUAACUGCCUCUGUAUUUUAAAUGCAGUUGUGCUCAAAAUGUGCAUACCCUUAGAGAAUUGGUAAUAUAUGUACCAUUUGUAGGGUCA